AUGCAAACGGAUUGUGUCUGCUGCCGAAGAAUCCCCUGGUUUGAUAAGCGUAAGUUGUUAAGUUUGCCAAACUAUCGUAACCUAUAAAUAUUCCAGAUCCGAUGCUCCAAGUGUAUGAUACGAAUAGCACCACGAUCAAAUACAAUAGCAUUGAAAAAAUUGAUAAUAAAUUAUAUCAAAAUUUUGAAACGUAUUUUUUUGUUUUUGAAAAAUUAGAAUUUUUGAAUUAAAAUUUGACUCAAAAGCGGUGAAAAUGAGAAUAUUUGCCGAAAUGAAGCAAUUUUGAGCUUAAAGUCUAUCAAACAUGUAUGUUGUCAAGUUUAUAAAGCUGAAAAUAAAAAAGGAAAAAAAAAAGAGGGGGGAGUUAUCCCUUUUGCCAGAAAUUUUCAAAAAUAGGGGUGUGAACUGGUGGAUUUGAAACGAGGCUAUGCGACGUAUGGACAUGGGUGAAAAUAAUCGCAAUUUUGAAUUUGUACUCCCAGAAGUAAGUUACAUGUAAAAAUUAAAGGACACGUUUCUUAUCUGAUCUUUCUGUUUUCUGAAGAAAGCGAACAAUUUUUGGGCAUUUCUCAAUGUUUCUCUUUCCCUAACCGGAAAAUUAAUCAGUAAAAAGUAAGUCAAACUACUGUAGAUGGCGUUAGCCAGCGAAGCCCCUCUGGUAUUAUUGAAGAUGCAAAUAAGGUUAGAUUUAUAUAUUGUUGGUAUACAUGUUUUUAUACAUUUUCAGCUCAAAUUUCCGGAUGAUUUUGAAUUGUUAUCAAUUAAAAGUAUGACGUUGGUAACAAAAAAUGCUCAUUUUGCAUUGGAUUUAAUUUUUUUCAUUAUCAAAAAUCAUUUUUCCCUAGAUUCUCCCAAUCUCAUCCAAUCAUCUGGCGCUGCUGUAAAUUCAUCAGUGAUUUCUCCAACAUUAUCGAUUUUUUUUGCUCUGGCGAAUAUGGAAGAUCAAAUUUCAUGCCUUCUGCUCGAAAUUCGGAUUUUGUUAUGCAGUUGUGAUGAAUUGACAUGA